AUGAAGGCAUUUUCAAGACAGAGUAUUAAUCCUUGUAUCAUUGCAACCCAAUACGCUGUUAGAGGAAAAUUAGUGUUAGAGGCAAAUGGUAUUCAAAAAGAAAUUGAAGAAGCAAAGAAAAAAGGAAAAACUAAUCCUUAUCCAUUUGACAAAGUAGUAUAUUGUAAUAUAGGUAAUCCACAAAUAUGUAAUCAACAACCAUUAACAUAUCCAAGGCAGAUUAUCUCAAUAGUUGAGUAUCCUGAGCUUUUAAAUCAUACAUCCUUUUUUCCUAAAGAUGUUAUUAACCAUGCUAAAAAAAUUAUUAAUAGCCUUGGUUGUACUGGAACAAGUGGUGCAUACACAAACUCUAUGGGAGUUGUUCAAUUUAGAAAAUCAAUUUGUAAAUUUAUAAAACGUAGAGAUGGAACUGCUCCAUCUCCUGAUGAAGUGUUUAUAACUGAUGGAGCAUCUACUGGAAUAAAAAUGAUUUUAAAUAUGUUAAUUUCACACCCUCUUCAUGGAAUUAUGAUUCCAAUUCCUCAAUACCCAUUAUACAGUGCUGCAAUAUCUCAGUUUGGAGGUUUUCAAAUUAAUUACUAUCUAGAUGAAUCAAAAAAAUGGUCAACAGAUAUGACAUCAGUAAGAAAAGUUUAUGAACAAGCAGUUGAAAAAGGCAUUCAAGUGAAGGGAUUUGUUUGUAUUAACCCAGGAAAUCCAACUGGACAGGUUCUUACAGUCCAAAAUAUGAAAGAAAUUAUAGAGUUUUGUUAUGAAAAAAAAAUUUGUUUAUUAGCUGAUGAAGUGUAUCAAGAGAAUAUCUAUGGUGAAAUACCAUUUACUUCAUUUAGAAAGGUAUUAAAAUCGAUGAGGGAUGAAGUGAAAAAUACAGUAGAACUAGUUUCAUUUUUUAGUGUUUCAAAAGGAUUUUAUGGAGAAUGUGGAAAAAGAGGUGGGUAUUUUCAGAUAGAAAAUAUUAAUUCAUUUGCUCGUUCACAAAUGUACAAAAUGGCAUCAAUUAACUUAUGUUCAAAUGUUAUUGGUCAAGAGAUGGUUGAAAUCAUUUGCAAUCCACCAAAAGAAGGCGAUGAAUCAUAUCCAAAGUAUAUAAAUGAAAAAAUGUCUAUUUUAAAUUCUUUGAAAAGAAAAGCCAAAUUACUCCAUUCUGUUCUAAAUGAAUGUGAAGGAAUUACUUGUAAUGAAGCUAUGGGUGCUCUUUAUCUUUUCCCAAAGAUUAAAUUUUCAAAUAAAUAUAUAGAUGAAUGUAAAAGAAAGGAUCAACAACCAGAUGAAGUGUAUUGUUUAAGGAUGUUAAAAAGUAUAGGUGUAUGUGUUGUUCCAGGAUCUGGUUUCGGUCAAAAGGAUAAUACGUAUCAUUUUAGAAUUGCUAUUCUACCACCAGAAAAUGAAAUUCAGAAUAUUGCUAAUAAAAUAAAGAUUUUUCAUACAUCUUUUAUGAAGGAAUAUGAUCAUUAA